AAAGGAAGAAGAGUCGCUGUCAAAAAGUCAAAUGUCAAAAACUAUUUUUUCUUUUUUCUUCCUUUUCAUGUUCGAUUGACAAGAUGUCAUCGAAAAUAAUCAAAGCCGGAGGCGGCGAGCCCGAUGCUUUCGAAACACAAGUCGCCCAAGCUCUGCUUGAUUUGGAAAUGAAUUCUGAUUUGAAGGCCCAGCUUAGAGAAUUGCACAUUACCAAAGCUAGGGAAAUUGAAUUGAAUAACAAGAAGUCCGUUAUUAUCUACGUGCCCAUGCCAAAACUGAAGCAGUUCCAAAAAGUUCAAACCAGACUGGUACGUGAGCUUGAGAAGAAGUUCAGUGGUAAACACGUAGUUUUUGUAGGAGAACGAAAAAUUCUGCCCAAACCUACGCGUAAAACACGUGCCUCAAACAAGCAGAAACGUCCACGAUCACGUACUCUAACUUCAGUGUAUGAUGCUAUCUUGGAAGACCUUGUAUUUCCAGCUGAAAUUGUUGGUAAAAGGAUCCGGGUGAGGUUAGAUGGCUCUCAGCUGAUUAAGGUCCACCUUGACAAAAAUCAACAGACAACAAUUGAACAUAAGGUGGACACAUUUACGUCAGUCUACAAAAAGCUGACUGGUAGGGAAGUCACUUUUGAAUUCCCAGAACCUUAUUUGUAAAUUGACCUUACAGUUGUUUAAUAAAAUAAUUUAAAAAUGAAUA